AUGCUGUUACAUCCAGCUAUUCCUUUGCUUGGUGGGACUGGGAAAGAUGGGAAAAGGAGCUUGACAGGAUGGCUCUCCAGGAUUCCUUUGCUUGGUGGGACUGGGAAAGAUGGGAAAAGGAGAUUGACAGGAUGGCUCUCCAGGUUUGAAUGGAAUGCAAGAACUCAAAUUACCAUGUGGUUUGACAAUACAAAAGAGGAGGCUAGUCUGCUUCGUGACUACGGAAACAAGUAUUGGAGCGGACUUCUAAGUGAUUAUUAUGGCCCCCGAGCAGCUAUCUAUUUCAAAUUAUUGGUAGAGAGCUUAGAGGAGGGUGAUGGUUUUCGGUUAAAAGAUUGGAGGAAGGAGUGGAUUAAGCUCACAAAUGAUUGGCCGAGCAGCAGGAAUGUGUUCCCUGUGAAGAGUGUGGGGGAUGCCCUUAAAACAUCCCGGUGGCUUUAUGAGAAGUACUUGCAAGAACCUGACACAUACGAUUUCUAA